UUUGUUGUUUAUUGCCAAAUACCGUAUACGAAAAAAUCUUUGUUUAUUGCUGCCGAAACUCUCUACUUAAUUAGAAACGAACAUUUUAAAGGAUUUUCUUCUGAAUUUAAGCAGUUUCAGCUAUCUUUAGGUUUGGCAUUGGUGAUUUCGUUCAUGGCUAACCAUUGAUAUCCCAAAAGACAAAGCCGUUCUGCAAUCCUAAUUUCACCUAACUCCAAGCUGGCACUUCAAAUAUGCCCGAAAAUUCAACAGAAGACUUUAAAUCAUUUUUAAUCGAAUUGCAAAAGCAAUUUCUUUGUUGUUAUCCUUUGCACUGUAUAGAAUGGCAGAACUUCCCCAAGAACCUGACAUGGGAUCAACAAAAACAAUUGAUGGAUUUCACCUGCAAUUCCCCCCUCAACCAACAAUUGCCCAUAAAAGUUGCCUACCAAUUGAAUUUCCUUAAAAAACUGAUAACGUUUUUGGAACAAAAUACCACCGAAGUCCAUGAUGAAGUAUACGAGAGCUAUUGCCAAGUACAACAAAAAGUAGCCCAAGAUAGCACACAAAAAUAUGCCUUUAAACAUUACAUUCUAAGCCCCGAAGUACAUUUUACUUUAAGGGAAUCCAAGAGUUUUGUAGCCGAAGGCACUACUGGCCUCUGCAGCUGGCAGGCUUCAUUAGCCUUGGCAGAUUUUAUGCUGCAUCACCCAGAUUUGAUUAGAAAUAAAUCUCUAUUGGAAUUGGGAGCUGGUACAGGCUUAUGUGGUUUUAUACUCUAUAAAAUGUGUGACACCCAGCAGGUGAUACUAAGUGAUGGCAGCCCUCAGUGUGUGGAUUUGAUGUGCGAAAGUGUAAGAAGAAAUUUUCCCUCAGCUAUAGCUAACAGCGAGGAGCCGGGAAAAUAUUUAUGGAAUGAAAAAAUAUUACAAUGCUCUGUCAUACCUUGGGAUGGCAUUAAUGAUAUCCCAGAAGUUACUCGAUUAAAACCUGAUAUCUUACUGGCGGCUGAUGUUGUUUAUGAUGACAGUUGCUUUGAGGAUUUGUCAUUUGCCAUAGAUUUCGUUUUUCAACUCAAGCAAAAUCAAGUGAAAAUGUUUUUGGCAGCAACGGUUAGAAAUGAGCAUACGCUAAAUGGUUUUCUAAGGAAGUUGGAUUCAUUGAAUUUCAUGGUGACUGAAGAACCUAUAGUGCCUUUGGAAGAAAGUUUUUUGUAUUGGGAUCGUAGCACACCUGUUAAAGUUUUAAGAAUUACCAGAUAGCAUUUAAGAUAUUUUAAUAAAAUCCCGGAUAAUGGAUUUUUUUAAGGCCUUAAUAAAAUGUUUUUCAUAUUUAA